CUUCGCUAACGCAAGUAUCUGUGAACGCGAUUUGUAUGAAAAGAAAGUUGAUUUUUAUUGCGAGAGUCAAAAUAAAUUUGAGUAUGCACACUUCUGAACGAACAAAGUUGCUACAUCUAAGGAGAGAACGAGAUUAAACUACUCAAUUCUCUUUGGCAAGCAGUUGAGUGAAGAUUGAAGAUAACUUACAAGAACCCACCUUAAAAAGAUUCAACUGUCUGUGUUCUUGCAGCUGCGCUCGUUGAGUAAGUAUGUGUCUCGUCGAAUGGUGUAGGUGUUGAAUGACAACGAGUGAGAGUGAAAAGCAAUUCCUCGAAGCGUACCGCUGGCGCGUGAAAAAGAAGUUCGGAUUUGAUUAGGGAUUCCGAAUCGCGAGGGCACACUGUUGUUCUGGUAACUUUUUUCUGUCAGCGGACCAUCGAGCCUCCUUUGAGUGAUAAUAGGUUGCUGCAGUGCGAUUGGGUUUUCGUUGUGAUUAUGUAUCGUGAUUAUUAUCUCAGGCGCAGCUCAGAUGCAAGGCAGCGUCCAUAGAUGUUAUCCUUUCAAUGAUACUUGGUUCGUCAAGAUUCUCCAUCAUCACAUUAUCACCGCUUCGAUCACUGAUAUCUUCGUGCUAACCCUUCAGGCAGAUCUGCUACGUUUGUGGUGCUACGCUGAGUUUUCUUGAGCCUUACCUCUCCCUUAGUUUGAUUUUACACUUCUUAGGAUGAAAGUCCCUCUUUUUCUGAGGUGUUGAAGCAGAGCUGUAGACUAGCAUCAAGUAAAAUUGAUCCGUUUCUCUUUUCCAUCGCGCAUCAAAGAUUGCUGUACAUUAUAGGUUGAACAGAUCUUAUCAUUUCCAUCGUGUUGUCAAUAGGAAACGUUGAUAUAAGCACUGUAGGCGUGGUUAUUGCUUUUUAAUGCGAAAAAUUGAGGGGUAUCCGUUAUAGAGUUGAUGUAAAACGAAGUGUCUUGAUUUUCGUCCACGGUGUAUGAAUGAAAAGCAUGAUAGAUUGACCCGUCGAAUACUCUACGGGUUCCUCGCUGUUAUCCAAAUCGAAGUAAGCUGAAGUUCCUGUGAGGACUCUUUGAUUCAAGAUCUUUGUCAAUGACUAGGGAGUGGUUAACCAUAUUGUUGUGAGUAAGUUGUAGUAUCAAACAAAGUUCAAUUUGAUGUUUAAAGUAUCGCGUUGAUUGGUUUCGAAACCAUCUUGUCUUCAAAGACAACCAAAAUGAAGAGCAGCAGAAUGCCCUCCGAUGAGAGCACGCGGUCUUCCGAGAGCCCCGUGCGAAGGCGGGACGAAGACGCAGACGCUCAACUAGCACAUGAUGCGAAGAACGAAAAUGCAGCUGGAGAAGCGGCAAUUUUUCCUCCUGCUAAAAGUACCAGUGAAAAACCGCAGCCGAUUACGGCUACAUCAUCUACUUCAACAUCGACUUCUAGUGCAAAAACUAGUGUGAACAAACGUACUCGUUCUUCAGCAUCUUCAACAGCGCCAAGCAAGAAUUCUGGUGGUGUACUAUCGUCAGCAUACGCACUGAUGCUGCAGCCGUUUCUAGUCGAAUUGGCCCAGCUGUGUAAUUUGAAGCAUGUAGAGGAUUUUCGAACUUUUUGGAUCGUCGGGACUUACUAUGCGCUCGUUUUUUUACGCUGGCGGCUCUACCAGAUUGAUCCACGAUACAACGAGGGCCUACAGUCGGCUGUUGCAUCAGACGCUUCUACCCUGCAGAGGAUAACCUCGCAUGCACAGCGCGCAUUUAUCGCCUACCCAAGUUCCUGGCAUGCACUCUCCGUAGCAGCAACUGGCGAAGAAGGGGUGGCUUUUUUAUGACUGAUACUCGUAUUCAAGCAUGGAUUUGUUCAAUAGAUGCACAGUGCCCGUUUUUUUAAGAUUCGAUGUUCCUCCUGUUCAUCCGGGAUUCUGUAGUUCAAUCAUCAUCUGAAACUGUGCAUAAAGGGAAAGUGAUAUCAUGCUCUAAUCUCCACAGCGUGGAUUCGCGUCGCUCUGGGUUGUUUGGACCUGCUGUGGAUCGUUGCGACCUGCUCUUUCGCGUUCUUUUCCGCCACCAUCGUGCACAACUGCAUUCAUUUCGCGCAAUUCCGAAAUUACCACGUCAACACACUGUGGAACAUCGUACUAACGCACACCUAUGGGCAUCCUGUGAGUACGCUGAUUCCAGGACACAACCUUAGUCACCACAAGUACGUACAGACACCGAAAGACAUCAUGCGAACGACCAGGAUGCAAUGGAGGUAUUAGAGCAUUUAUGUCGCCUUUCUUUGCUUUAUGAAAGUGUAGUGCUAGAAGUACAGUCUUGUAAGGGGUCGUAAGGGCGGUAAGAAUCAUAAUGUUACUGUGUCUUCAUGAUCUACGAAGAGAAGCGUUUUUGAGGAUCGCAUUAGUUCGUUUCGCACGAGUAGCAAGUGUCCAUCCUUGUUCCAUUCUACAUUAUCACCCAGAUGGAAUCUGAUAAAUUGCCUGAUGUUUGCACCCUCGAUCGCGUGGAAUACAGCUCAGCAGGAUGCUAAAUACUUUAAGGUGGCGUACGAGAAAGGCAACGUAUGGAUGUUUUAUCGCAUGCGCAUCGAGCAAAUCAGCUACUAUCCACUACAGGUAUUACACCAGCAUUUAAUUACGUUCUUGGACGGGAGAUUUUCCACUCAGUUUGAUUCUAACAGAAGUGAUCUCUACCUCAGCAAGGCGGGCAACGUUUGCAGCGACCUGCCUACUUAAAAUUCUUUCACAGAUUAUUGAUAGAGCUUCUAUCUCGCGUUCUUAGUACAAACCUGUUGAUGUAUUGACCAAAUUUAUAAUAUAAGUAGCUGUGUUAUUUACCUUCCCUCAACAACAAACUAUGCACCUUCAGGUCUAUCUUGCGUAUUGUCAUUUCUAUGCAUGGUGGUGGGUGAUACUAGUUCCGCAGCUCUGGGCGAAAUUGGCUCUCAUUACGAUGAAUAUGUUGCAGCACGAUGGCUGCCUUGUUCUGCGCGAGCUAGGCGAAACACCCGACCCGUACAUCGCUAUAGGGUCGCAAACGGUCGUCAAAGCACCUGGAGAAAGCGGAUUCCAGGCGGAGACGAUUUUCGAUGCGUCAGCAAAGAAAUUGAAGCCGAGAAUUAUAGCGAGAGGAGCAGCAGCGGACGACACAAGUGAGGAUGCAGCUGUUGAGGACGACACUGACUCGACUAGCGCAUCGGAAGAGAAGGGUGAUGCUUCGUCAAAUUUGGCGAACACAGAAAAGACCACAGCAGAGAACGAUGACUCUCUCUGGGACCCGGAUUACAAUUUUGCGCGAGACUUCGUUGGUCCAUGGAUUAACUUUUUCACGUGCAACAAUGGCUAUCACACUGCGCACCAUCUCCGACCGUCAAUGCACUGGACAAGGUACCCCGAUCUGAGUCGCAAGUUGGUAGAGAAGCAGCAGCAUCCCGCCUUGCGGGUAGAGAAUCUUCCAUGGUACGCUUUUCGUUGUUUCGCUCUCGGCAAGCGCAUCACUUGGGACGGCCGACCGUAUUUUCCUAACGAGGCGAACUACGACAUGGACUGGGUCGAUGUUUUCUUCGGCCACGUCUCGAAUGCGGCGACUAUCCUAAACUAAAACGCUUUGAACGAGAAGGCUGGCUCAGAAUGUAGAAGUUUCUGUACACGGAAUGGCUUAGAAGUUGUUAUUGUUUUUUUAGUUACGACACUACUCUUGUCGGAUUCGUGACUCGUUCUUGUUCGCUUACUUCGUCAAGUGGGGUUGAUUGCAGGAGCAUGAUGAUCCGCCACUAAGCAGUACGCUAUCGUACAUGCAUAGGCUUCAGGGGUGGUUUCUGUUGAAAAAUCGGCAUCAUUGUAUUACACGCUCCGUGUAAUUCAUUGUGUCGUUGAUAGAUUGUCCGUUGGCUUUCUUUUUCGAAAGGAAUCAAGCUAACGACUCACUUACAACCGCAUAAAGACUGACGGAAAUGGGGCUCGAAGGAGUGAUGAUCAUGCGAGGAAAUCGAUGCGAGGAGGGCUUCUUGUGAGUGCCAGCUAACAGCAAUGUGCUCUGCCUAGCACACUCUUCCCAAACCGUCCCAUCAUUCCCCGAUGUAAAAUGGUGUUCCAGGAGGAUUCUGGUAUGUUCAUUAUUCAUUUCAGCACCCAGGAUCGGCCUUACUAUUGUAAUCCCACUCAAGCUCAAGUGGAUCUCCAGAAGACUAAUCAUGUGAAGUUGUUGUUUGGGUUUCACAUGUCAAGACUUGUACAACUGCCUAUGAGCCUAUCCCGAUCUUCUCACUCGCUCGCUUUUUGUGAGAUCUUCGCUUUGGUGGGAACGCUUUUUGUGGAGCACGAUUUUCUGCAAAUCGUCUUUUUUUGGAGUCUUUUCUUUGGUCCAUCAUGAACGAUUAGGCCUAGAGACUUCACAGCGAAGCGUGGUUGAUACGAAUAGCUUUCCGUCGGUGGAUUCUUAGUGUUUGAUUCCUCUACUAAAUGUAUCUAUGGUAUCUGUGUGCAGCUGCUUUACCCACCUUUGCUACCGUGAAGAUUGUUACGCUAGGGCGGAUGAAAAUAGAUGCUUCUCGAUCUCAAUAUUCGCAUCAUGAUACAGGAGUGUAUACUACUUAACUCAUACCCUAUCAAACAAGUAAGUAAGUACAAGUGUUAAUGCUCAUGGAUAAUACCCAAAAGUUAUCCCGGAGCCGGUCCUACUCUGUUGGGGGAUCUACAACAAACCGUUCGGCUAGCUUACGAAAGUCAUGUAGAUCGCUAUGUUAUCAAAAUGAAGCCAAAAAUCUUUAACUCUGUGCUGUCGAAAAUGUUGACGUGUUACUGUGAAUCUUCUUUUGCGAGCAAAAUAGCAGGUUCAUUUGAAGAAGAUCGAUGUAGCAUUUUAGUGACACUGUAAGCGAUCGAUCGCAUACACUGGAAGCAAUUGAUACAUAAGAAAAACUUCGGCAUUUCUAUUUGUAUUGCGAGAUAAACUCCGCCGCGGAACCAAGAUUUUAAUUUCAUUUUGAUUUUUAUGGAAAUAAACCAUUUCGACACAUUCGUUAAGUGCACGCAGCAGGAAAUGAAUUGUACUCCGUCGAGACUCGGCAUUCAUAAUCGAAUGGCAUCCAAGCCUGUCCACCAUCUAAU